AGCAGCUCAGAGGACAAAAGGGGCUGAUUAGGGAAGUCAACGUGAGACAGGUGGCGUUACAUCGCACACAGGGUCAAAUUUUAAGCUCAGGUGACGCAGGUGUCUAGUCUUUGUGUGUGUGUGAAGAUGAGGCUGAGCGGUGUGCUAGUGUGUGUGCUCCUGCUUCUGGUUGAAGGGUCCUGGGGGGACACACCGGCCAACUGCACCUAUGAGGAGCUGCUGGGGACAUGGGUGUUCCAGGUGUCCAAAGGAGGACAGGACAAGACCAUCGACUGCUCCACUCAAGCUACAGACAAGAGCACGGUGACUGUCAAACUAGAGAAACUGUCUGUAGCCACUGACGAGCUGGGGAACACCGGCUUCUUCACCCUCAUCUACAACCAGGGCUUUGAAGUGGUCAUCAAUGGGUACAAAUGGUUCGGCUUCUUCAAGUACUCUCAGGAGGGCUCUAAGGUGACCAGCUACUGUGACCAAACCCUGCCAGGAUGGGUUCAUGAUGUCCUGGGAAACAACUGGGCCUGUUUUGUAGGGAAGAAAGUGACACCAGUACCGCCCCGAAAGGAUUACAAACCAGUCCUCAACAGCAGGCUGCUCCAGAAGCCAUACAAACACAACAUGGAUUUCAUUGACUCCAUCAACUCGGUCCAGAAAAUGUGGAAGGCUGUGGCCUACCCAGAGCAUGAGAUGUACACCCUGCAGGAGCUGCACUACAGAGCAGGAGGGCCCGCCUCCCGUAUCCCCAUACGUGUUCGCCCUAUGCCUAUAAAAGCUGAGGUAGCCAAGAUGGCGGCAGGUCUGCCUGAGCACUGGGAUUGGAGAAACGUUAAUGGAGUGAACUUCCUCAGCCCUGUGCGAAACCAAGCAUCUUGUGGUAGCUGCUACUCUUUUGCCACCAUGGGUAUGCUGGAAGCUCGUGUUCGAAUCCUUACAAACAACAGCGAAACUCCCAUCCUCAGCCCCCAACAAGUGGUCUCCUGUUCUCAAUAUUCUCAAGGUUGUGAUGGUGGGUUCCCAUACCUGAUUGGGAAGUAUGCACAGGAUUUUGGCAUUGUGGAUGAGUCAUGCUUUCCAUAUGUUGGAAAGGACUCCCCAUGUGGCGUUCCUCAAAACUGCAGACACAUUUACACGGCAGAUUACUACUACAUAGGUGGAUUUUAUGGCGGCUGCAGUGAGAUGGCUAUGAUGAUGGAUCUGGUCAAGAAUGGACCCAUGGGAGUGGCCUUGGAGGUCUACCCUGACUUCAUGCACUACAAGGAGGGCAUCUACCACCACACUGGCCUCGGAGACUCCUACAACCCCUUCGAGCUGACCAAUCACGCUGUGCUGUUGGUGGGGUAUGGCCGAUGCCACAUGACUGGAGAGAAGUACUGGAUUGUCAAGAACAGCUGGGGCGCCAACUGGGGUGAGGACGGCUUCUUCCGAAUCCGCCGGGGAAGUGACGAGUGUGCCAUUGAGAGCAUCGCAGUUGCAGCCAAACCCAUCCCCAAACUGUAGAAGUACUAGAGGAGGAGGUGGUAUCUUGAUGAUGAGCCCCAGUGCAACUUUAAUUUCUUCUUUGUGUAGCUUAGCCGAAGUCUGUCAUUUUUCAGGUGAAAUCAUGUCACAUCAGUAGCAUUUGUCUGUCUUCUUUGAGUUGAACAUUGAUAUUGUUCCGGAAAGAAAGGGAAUAACAUGUAACAAGGGUGAGACCCAGCUGACAAGUACUCUGUGAAUGGGUUUAUCUGGCUGCUAUCAUCCUGCAUUAGUUAAAAGCAUAAAUGGGGACACAAAUGUCAGCCUGCCCACCAUGUUGUAUUAUCAAUGUUUAAUUAGCUGCCUACAAAUGAUUUCAUUGAAGCUGUAGCUGCCGACAUGAAAAACUUUGAAUCAAAGUGGAUGAGUACAUACUGUGACAAAUCAUUGUUAGUAACUUCUAAUUGUAACAUUUAAAGGGAACUGACAUCUGAUGACAUCAGUGUUUGUAUUUGCUAGUCAGGUGCACGAUCCAUGAUCCUUUCUCUCAGGGAAACACAGCGGAGAACUCUAAUUAUCUUGUGUCCUCGUAUCAAAUAAAAACCACCACUGCCAUGUUUCCCUGUGGCGCCUUUAAA